AUGCCAACAGAAGAAUUUGACAGCGCUCGCAUCUCUGCGACCGACUCCGAAGAUGUGGAACAUGGCACUCCUGGUGCUAUCAUCGUGCAGUACUUGACCCAACACUCGCCAGAGUUUGCUGAACUAAGCGAACUCCGCAAAAUUGGAUGGCAAAAUCCGGCCGGCGAUCGCUUUUUUCAACAACAGCGUGCCAGAGCCACCAAUCCCAAAACGAGUACCAAAUUAUCCUUCUACGACAUGAUGAAGCGGAUUGGCACCGAGAUGCAGCACACCACAGGCGCUCUGAAGAUCAAGUUUCCAGCCUCGGACUUCCCACAAAUACUUGACAUGGGCAUGGCGCCGGGCGGGUUUCUUGCGACCGCCAUGAAGCUGAACAAGAAUUCUGGUGCCAAAGCUAUCGGGUUCAGUCUGCCAAUUGCUGAUGGCGGUUACCAAAGUCUUGUCCCGAAAAGCGAAGACAUCGACGUAAGAUACCUUGACGUGACGAUGCUAGCGGCAGACCUCGGGUUCGAAAACAUCCCGACAGGCCAUCCAGAAGCCGACAAGUUCUUGCCACGUCAAUUCGAGCCUGGUCAGAAGUUUGACCUUGUCAUAUGCAGCAGCUCAGUCGUCCGCGAGCACCAAGUGGACGACUAUAGGAAAAGGACAGAGCCACGCCGGUUAACGACAAGCCAGCUCGCCUUAGGCCUCGAGCGGCUAAAUUCUGGCGGCACAAUGGUCGUGCUAUUUCACAAGGUGGAAGCUUGGACAACGGUACUCCAACUGUACCGAUUCAGCAAGUUUUGUAAGAAGGUGUUUCUGUUCAAACCGACAAAGGGACAUACGAAGCGUUCGUCGUUUUACAUGAUAGCUACAGGCGUGCAGAGCCAGAACCCGGAGGCCGUUGUUGCAAUUGAAAGGUGGAAGCAGAUCUGGCGGGCUGCUACGCUCGAUGUAGAAGGGACCGGCGCAAUGUUACGGGAGUUGGACGAAGAGGAGCUGUCGCCGGAAGAAAUAUUACGAGAUUUUGGAGGAGAUCUUGUGCGAUUGGGGAAACGCGCUUGGUCCAUCCAGGCAGACGCUCUCAGGGAUGCGCCUUUCAUCACUGGUCACUGA